AUGGCUGACCCGAUCCGAUCCUCCAUCAAGUUCAGGAGCCCGCGGAGGGUACAUCAGAUUUUGGUAGGAAAAAACCAGGAGCUGAAUUUGGAUGCGAUUGUGACAUUUCGUAGCGAAGGUGUGGUGUUGGAGGAUGACAAGGUCUACAAGGCUGGAGGUGACGAAAUGGUUGAGAAAUUGCGCAACAGUCGAAAAUCUCAAGGUGCAAGGCAAGGAAGGAAUGCGGCAGCAACGCGCAAUAGGAGCUUUGGCCCAAGAGUACGUAUCGAUAAGGCCAACGAUAACGUCCCGGGGUCUACAGGUGGAGACACAGUAGCUUUGAUUGGAGAGAGAGACACACAUUGCUGGCCCAAAUCUGAGAGAGAAAAAAGACAGAAAGAUUCCAGCGGCAGAAUCCCCUGGGCCGGGAAAGAAUGGCAAUCAGAUGCGCUACGGCAUGAGGAUCGGUACCUGAAGCCCCGUCAUGGCAUUUGUACCGGCGCAAGUAUCUUUUGUUCCCUGUCCAUGGGUGUUCAAUGCUCCCGCCGGGUACGUACCGAAAACCAGGGGCAGAGAAUGCAGGUUGACGUUUGUUUCCUCACAGUUUUUGUCAAGUACCCAGGAUCUGUUUUGACUGGUGCAGCCCGCUUGCCCGCCCACCCUUGGGCAGGAGCUCCCCCAACACCCCGGCCAUUGGUUGAGGGAGGGGGGCAGAAUCUCAGCCGGAUAGAUGGAUUGGGGCAUUUUGACAGAUGGAGGCAAGGAGGAACCGAGGGAAUCAGUGAACAAUUAAUGCGUUGCCAAUAUGGAAAAGUCCAUCUACAUACAUCUUGUGUAUUUGCAGCGCAGCCCACUGGUAGUCUAGUUGAGCGUAUGAUAGCAGGAAUCAUCUCAGUCCUUGGUCUUGCCCAAUGUCUAGUGGCCCUUGCUGGUCUGGUCUCAAAAAUGGCGAUGCGCGUUGAACGGGCAGUUUUAGCUGAGGACGAUCUUGCCUACUUACUUUGGGGGAAACUUGGUGAUGGUGGUCCGUCACCCGCCGGAGUGAGGUACUCCCGGUACAUGGACUCGGGUACCGGCUCAACACCGACAAUGGCAAGCACCAAGCACAACCGCACCACGAUGCACCAAGCGCCAAGCACCGAGGCCGACGCCGUACACACAUUGACACCGUACUCCGUCCCUAAGCAGAUUUGCAGCUUCGUCCUCGUCUUGGUCCCGUCCCCAUGGCGAUGCCCGGUGCUUCUGAACCUCGCCUGCUGUAUCGUGGCUGGUGCCUUCUUUCUCCUGCUCGCUCUCUCCGCCCCCGCGUCGUCCCAUUACUUGGCCUCCCCCUUCUCCUUCUUUUUGUCUCUAUCUCCAUCUCCCGACGGGCCUCCUCGUCGUUCUCCUCCCUGGCAGGUGGCAGUGUCGAGGGAACAUCUAAUUGCAAAGCUUCAGUCAGGGAAACCAACCAUUUCGUUCAGAUCCAGCUCCAGCUUCCUUGAGCUUCUCGCGGAGAACCCGAAAGCAUACUCUUCCCGUCCUCUUUCCUUUACCAUAUCGAUCCUCUUUCCCUCUCCGUCCCGCCGUCCCGGACGUCCUUCCUCACCUAAUACGGCCUUACCCGAGCAGUCCCCGAGUUUCCCUUCCUUCCCUCUCUCGAAUACGGUACGCCAUGCAAAGUACACACCCCCCUUCCCCCAUCGCAGACCCCACACAUUUCAUCCCGUCCCACCAGGAGAAAAAGGUACUUGGCCAAGUGACUUUGCGCCCCUCCUCAUCCAUCCUCACCUUCGUUGCGCUCCUCCCACGCCGUCAACGCCGCUCCAACAAUCCCCGUCAAAGUUCCAGGUCCCAAAUUCCACAUCGCUCAUUGCCUCAACCCCGGAACUCCCGUCCAAAGAACCUUCUGUCCUAGCCACAAGACAGAAGAAGGAAGCAUCUUGUCUUACCAAGCUUGCUCCCCAAUUCAUAACCAGGCCCAGCCCAACUGCUCUCGCCUGCUUCUCCCUGGCACCCGUCUCGUCUCUCGCCGCCCAUUUUAACCCCUGGCGUGGCCUGCACUCCUCACCCACCCCAAUAUUCUCCCCCCCUCUUAAGACUCGAACAAAUCUCUGUUCUACACAUCCGCCACGAUCAAUUGCUCUGCCUAUACCCCAUACUGUUCUUUGCUGCAGAGACAGAAUCCAACAAAUUAAUCUCCUGCUCGAAUCUCCCCCCUUGAGCAACCAGAAAAAACCCCCGACGACCACCCCACGUCAUAACACCCCGAAUCGAAGCUCCCCGAGCUCGCCCCGAUUCAUGACGGUCGCUUUCUGA